AUGGCUAUUGAAAACAGUAUUGUUGUUCCGGCUUAUCAUGAAAAGCUAAAUAUCAAACCUUUAACCACUAGAUUAUUCGCUGCCUUGGGCACUGCUGACUCUAAAAAGACAGAAUUGAUCUUUGUUGAUGAUAAUUCAAAUGAUGGUUCAGUUGAAGAGGUUGAAGCAUUAAAGAAACAAGGUUACAAUGUCGAUAUAAUUGUUAGAACAACUGAACGUGGUUUGAGUUCUGCUGUCUUGAGAGGUUUUGCUGAAUCUAAAGGUGAAUAUUUGAUGUGUAUGGAUGCUGAUUUACAACAUCCUCCAGAAACAGUCCCUGAUUUUUUGAAAAAUUUAAGAUCUCACCCAUUUUCAAUUGGUACCAGAUAUGCUGAUGGUGUUGGUAUUGAUAAGGAUUGGCCAUUAUAUCGUCGUGUUAUUAGUUCAGGUGCUAGAAUCUUGGCUAGACCUUUAACUACUGCAUCUGAUCCAAUGAGUGGAUUUUUCGGUGUUCAAAAAAAAUACUUGACUAAUGCUCAAAAUGUCAAUACACAAGGUUUCAAAAUUGCAUUAGAGUUAUUAGCUAAGCUUCCUUUACCAAAAAAUGAACCAAUUGGUGAAGUUCCAUAUUCUUUUGGUGUCAGAACUGAAGGUGAAUCAAAAUUGUCAAGUAAAGUUAUGAUUCAAUACUUGGAACAAUUAAAAGAAUUGUACAUUUACAAGUUCGGUGCCUUGCCUUUGUUAUUUAUCAUCCUCUUCUUAAUUGUUGCUGCUUACAUUGUUUUGUCCAACAUCAUCUUUGGUUAA